AUGGAUAUUAAUAUAGGAGAAACACUCUUCAUUAUAGUCGGAGCUGCCAUUUCGAUUUCAGUCGGUGAAUUAGUAUCAUGGUUCCUCGUUUAUAGGAAUGCAGAUUACAAGGACUUAGUAUCAAGAAUAGAGACUGCUGUCACAAAAUAUAAUAAGGAGAAGGAAUAAUUCGUCAAGUAAUUCUUUUUCUUGUAUGUUUUAUCAGAGAAACAAAUGCUAAAAAUCAAGAAAAGAGAUUAGCACAAAUUGAGUCACAAAUUAAAGGAUUGAAUUAUGAAAUGACCUUCAAGAAGAUGAUCUCCAAUGCAGCAGUAGCUAUACUCUCUAUUGUUACAAUUAACUCAAUUGGUAAUUAUUAUUCAGGAAUUGUUGUUGCCAAAUUGCCAUUUGAACCAUUUUGGAUUCUAUAGCAAAUUACUCAUAGAGGACUUAAUGGUGAGGAUUUAACCGAUUGUUCCUAUAUAUUCAUUUACAUCUUAUCAGCACUCAUCUUUAAGUCUAAUAUACAAAAAAUAUUUGGUAUCUAUGUAAUUUAUCAUACCUAGGUUUGGAAGGUCCUAAAAUGCCAUUCGGUCCUGGUGGUCCUCAACCCAGUUUGUUCAAAUAAUGAAUAAAUACA